AUGGCAGCGUCAGGCGGCCCGCCACCGCUGCCGCCGCCGCCGGCAACCCCGCUCGCCCGCAUCCCACUGCCCCUAGUGCAGGGCACGCUGUUCCGCUACGGUUCCGCGGCCGCCAACGUGGCCUUCAUGUCUGGCCGCCACCCGCGGCACGUCGUCCUGGUCGGCGGCCUGACCGACGGCCUGCUGUUUGCGGGGUACUGCCACCCGCUGGCCGCACGGCUCCAUGCAGCAGGGUGGUCCCUGGUGCAGGCCCUGCUUUCUUCCUGCCACACCGGCUAUGGGCUGGCCAGCCUGGACCAGGAUGCAGAUGAGCUGCACCAGCUGGCCACGCACCUCAGGGCAGAGUGGGGCUCGCAGGGCAUGGUGAUUGUGGGCCACAGCACCGGUUGCCAGGACGCGGUGCGGUACGCGCAGCGCCACCGCAGCAGCUCCGCCGCCGCGCCGCUGCGUGGCGUGGUGCUGCAGGCUCCUGUCAGCGAUGUGGAAUGGCUGGCCACGCAGGCAGGCACCGAGGAGCGGGUAGCGGCAGCGCGGCGGAUGGCAGCAGAGGGCAGAGGCGAGGAGGUGGCGUUCCGGGCGUUCGACAUCGACGGCGCCGCGGUGACGGCGCGGCGCUGGCUGUCGCUGGCCGCGCCGGGAGGCGACGACGACAUGUUCAGCAGCAGCCUGAGCGAUGCGCAGCUGGCGGCGGUGUUGGGGCCCCUGCGCGGCCUGCCAGCCCUGGUGCUGCUGAGCGGGGAGGAGGAGUACCUGCCGCCUGGGCUGGACUACCUUGCGGUGGGGCGCCGCCUGGUGCAGGCUGUCGGGCCCAGCGGGCGCUUGGAGGUUGUGCAAGGGGCCACGCAUGCGCUGGACGGCAAGGAGGAGGAGGGCGCGGCGGUGAUCGCCGACUUUGUUGCAGCACUCUGA